AUCAUAUUAUCUCUGAAUAACAACAUUUCUUAGAAAGUAUUAUUUUUCGGAAAAUUAAAUUAUGAGAUUGGUGUAUAUUUUAUCAAGAGAACGUAUAAAAAUUCGAUCGGCUUCAGAUAUCCUCUUAGAACUUAAAAAAAAAAUACAUUUGAUGACUUUGUUUGAACAGGUGUAACAUGUUUUUUUUUUCCUUUUACAGACGAACAGCCUCUGCAAGUAGCAAGGUGUACUAAGAUCAUUAACGCUGAUUCCGACGACCCUAAAUACAUUAUCAAUGUCAAACAAUUUGCCAAGUUUGUGGUGGACUUGGGAGACCAGGUGGCCCCCACCGACAUAGAGGAGGGGAUGAGAGUGGGGGUUGACAGAAACAAAUACCAGAUUCAUAUUCCCUUGCCCCCAAAGAUUGACCCCUCAGUGACCAUGAUGCAGGUAGAGGAGAAGCCGGACGUGACGUACAGUGAUGUGGGAGGGUGUAAGGAACAGAUCGAAAAGUUACGUGAAGUGGUGGAGACCCCUCUCCUACAUCCCGAGCGUUUUGUGAACCUUGGUAUCGAGCCUCCGAAAGGAGUCCUGUUGUUUGGACCUCCAGGGACUGGAAAAACACUCUGUGCCCGUGCGUUGGCAAAUAGAACAGAUGCCUGCUUCAUUCGUGUGAUUGGAUCAGAAUUGGUACAAAAAUAAGUUG